AAUCAAGGGCAGGGGAGUACUGGGGUGAGAUCCCAUAGGCGCCUGUGGGGGAAUAACUAGGGGGAACCUAAAGUGUGGUGGGGAGUGAAAUCAAAUGACAGGAAAGGUAGACUGUCUUGGGAAACAUCUCCUAAGGGUGCGAGUUACUCGUCGUCCCAGGAAACCAGUGGAAGCCUAAUCAUCCAAUGAGACUUUUGAAACUAGACUGGACAAAGCACUGGAGAAUAGAUUGUAUCGAACAAUCCAGUUCUGGACAAGGCGUGAAAUAUGCAAACAAUAGAAAACUUCCUUCUGUGCCAGGUUUGGAGAUGGAUUGUAUGAUUCCUACAUGAGAAUAGAUCAAAUUAGGUACCCAGAUCCUACAAAUGAAGAACACAGCCCUUCUGGACUUCCUUCACUUGGGAGAUCAAAUGUUACUAGCAACAAACUCACUAUGAAAGAUCAUCCUCUGACUGGAAGUCAGGUCAAAGUUGAGCAACUAUUUGAGGACUCUGGCAAUAAGAGGAGCAGUACUCUUCAGUCUGCAGGAAUCAGUAGUUCCGAAAGAUCUCUUCCUUCCCUGUCAAAAGAUAAAAGUAUAGACAGCUUAAGCACAGCCAAAUCUUGUGGAAGUUCAUCAAAAGUGCGCAAAGCUAUCUCUCAGGCUCCAGAGCAAGCAGUGAAGCAAUAUAAACAUCAGUUAUCUGCUUACGAGCAGCAAGAAAUAUGUAACUUUUCUGAAAUUUACUUUGUGGGUCCAAAUGCAAAAAAGAGGCAAGGAGUAGUCGGUGGCCCCAACAAUGGAGGAUAUGAUGAUGACCAAGGUGGAUACAUUCAUGUGCCUCAUGACCAUCUGGCUUACCGAUACGAAGUACUUAAAAUAAUUGGAAAGGGCAGUUUUGGACAAGUAGCUAAAGUUUAUGAUCAUAAACUCCACCAGCAUUUGGCCUUAAAGAUGGUUCGCAAUGAGAAGAGGUUUCACCGUCAAGCAGCAGAGGAAAUUCGGAUUUUGGAGCAUCUCAAGAAACAGGAUAAAACUGGCAGCAUGAAUGUUAUUCACAUGCUAGAAAGUUUCACCUUUCGGAACCACAUAUGUAUGACCUUUGAGCUCCUGAGCAUGAACCUGUAUGAGCUGAUCAAAAGAAAUAAAUUUCAAGGGUUCAGUGUGCAGCUGGUACGCAAGUUUGCCCACUCUAUAUUACAGUGUUUGGAGGCUCUUUAUAAAAACAAAAUCAUACAUUGUGACCUGAAGCCAGAAAAUAUACUUCUAAAACAGCAAGGGCGGAGUGGCAUCAAGGUUAUUGAUUUUGGGUCCAGCUGCUUUGAGCACCAAAGAGUCUACACGUAUAUUCAGUCUCGAUUCUAUAGGGCCCCAGAGGUCAUUCUGGGAAGUCGCUAUGGGAUGCCCAUAGACAUGUGGAGUUUUGGUUGUAUUCUGGUGGAACUGUUGACUGGAUAUCCUCUUUUUCCUGGAGAAGAUGAGGGAGACCAACUGGCUUGUAUGAUGGAGCUUCUUGGAAUGCCACCUCAGAAGCUUUUGGAUCAAUCCAAGCGAGCCAAGAACUUCAUCAACUCCAAGGGUCAUCCUCGCUACUGCACUGCAACUACACAUACGGAUGGGAAAGUGAUCCUCAAUGGCAGUAGAUCACGCAGGGGUAAAAUGCGUGGUGCUCCAGGCAACAAAGACUGGGUGACGGCGUUGAAAGGCUGUGAUGACCCCUUGUUUAUAGAAUUCUUAAAAGAAUGUCUUAACUGGGAUCCUUCUGCGCGCAUGACUCCAAGUCAAGCUUUAAGACACCCUUGGAUUUGUAAGCGAAUGCCCAAACCACCCAGUACUGAUAAAAGCAUGGGUAAACGGAUAUCUAACUACACAAGCUCCUUCCCAGGAAUAGGUUCUAAGUUGCCUCCAGUAGUUGGAGUGGCAAACAAACUGAGGGCUAAUUUAACAUCUGAAUCAAAUGGCAGUAUACCUCUAUGCACUGUGCUACCAAAACUGGUCAGUUAAUAGAAAAUUAUGUAUUCCCAGAAUACAUACCUUGUAUUUUAAUUAUCUGCUAGAAACGUGUAAGGUGGUGAAAUGCAGAGGUUUUUAAUGGAUUUACUUUUCAUUAAACACUUAAUCUUGUACAAAAAAAGAUGAAUCAAAAUAUAAACAUUUCAAGGGCUAAUUGUUUUAUCAGGUUGUUUCAGUUGCAGUGUGGUGCAUAUUACAUCACUUGAUAGGUCAACACAUCUGUUCUGGUCAGUGAGAUUACAUGCUUUAACAGUUGUGUUUAAUAGCACUA